GAAAAUUUAAUUGAAUUUUCAGUUUAAAAAAUUGAAAGAAUUUUUAAUUGUUUUAAGAAACAUUUUGAGACAAUUUAACUGAAAAUUUUAAAAAUUCAGUAAAAUUCAAGACCAAGCCCUCUCCCCCCCCAAAAUAACUGAGCAUUGCAAAGGUUGCAAGACUGGCAGAUUUCAAACCCUAAGGGAACUCUAAAUACUUAGUCAAUUUUUGUCUGCACUAGUUCAAACCCUCUAUUUUGUAUUUCCCUUCACUUUUUAUGUACAUGGUAGUGUACACAAAUGUUGACCCAAAAUUCCAACAACUAUUGGCUGCUCUACAGUUGGGAAAAGGGCCACUGGGGUUCCCAGUCUUUGCUCAGGUGGAGACCCCGGAGGGAGUCCCAAUAGCUGGUUCUCAAACAUUUUGGUACCAGGAUCCCUUUACCUUAUACUCUUAAAAUGACUGAGGACCCCAAAGAGAUUUGCUUUACGUGGGUUAUAGCUAUUGAUAUUUGCUGUGUUAGAAAUUAAAACUAAGAAAUGUUAAAACGUUUAGUUAUUUAACACACACACAUACACACACCCUGGAAGAUCUGAGGAGGACUUGGUGGUUGUCUGGCUCCUUCAGGGCACGGGGGCAUUUGACGGCCUGCAGCAUAAGAACAGUCCCAUGUGCUGGCUGGCCCCAUGCCGUUGGCUGCUGAACCCACUGAAGGCCUGUGGUGGGACAGCACCUGCUGAGGGGCUGGGAAGGCUCUACUUGUGCUUUGUCUGAGUAGGUGGUCAUCUUGCAAAGCAACUUUCUUUUGAGAAAUUACUCUUUCAGCACCGAUGUGAGGUACUCAGAAAGGCUUCUGGCAGGGAAUAAGAGUUAUACAAUCUUCUCUGGAUAUUUCCAAAACAAGGAAAACAUUCAUAUGAAAUGGACAUUUUUAUCAGCAUUACAUCACCUCGAUGGCAAGAUGUACCCCUUGUUAAAGCUAAAGUCAGCCAAACCUGUCUUUAGGAAACUACCUUUUUCUUAUGAAAAAGUGUAACAUCCCUGGAUCCUCUUCAACUGACUGAAAAACUUCCCUGCUAAACAAUCAACAUAACUGCUAAAGAUAAUUGUUUUAAAAUGCUUUAAGACUAUACUGAGGUAAUGUAGAAGAAAUUGACCGGCAGUUUGCAAUUUUAAAAGAAAAGGAAUGGAAUGACUGCAGAAACAAAAAAUACCUGGGCCUCCAUUCCAUCAUGCCUCCUGUCAGCCAGCACUUGGACGUCCCUUCCCAGGGCUGGGCUGCAGAGGGAGAGAAACAAGCUAGCAGAGGCAAGUUUUUACUUGCUGAGCCAGAUCCAGUUCUAACCUUCUUUGCAGCUCCCAGCCCACCUCGGAAACGUGACUGGGGGUGGAGGAGGAAGGAGCAGCGGCAGUAUUCCCUUCCCAAGGACACUGGCUGAGUACAGGAGAGCUCUCCUCAGAUUAAAGAAGCCCCUGGACUGGACCAGAAGAGCCCCACUUCCAGGGGAGAAAAACUUCAUGCUGGGAUAGGUGCUUCUGUGUGCCAGGAACAAAACAGGCAAGAGAGCAGGCUAAGCACAAAACGAAGCCAUUAUGAGGGAUUCUGUUCAGAUGGUGACCCUGUGGGGAAAAGAAGCCCCUCCCCACAGCAUCACAGCUAUCCUCAUCACAGAUGACCAGAGAACAAUCGUCACAGGGAGUCACGAAGGCCAAGUCUGUCUUUGGGACCUGCUGCCAGACCUCCAGAUGUCAUCAAGGCAGAUGCUGUUGGGGCAUACGGCAUCAGUGAUGUGUUUGGCGAAGGCAAGAGAUUUUGAGAAGCAACUGUACGUGGUCAGUGCUACUGAGAACGGAGAGAUGAGCAUUUGGGACAUCACCAGUGGACGGUGUGUAGAGAAUACAAGGCUUCCAUUUCGGCACACAGCCAUCUGUUAUUACCACAGCUCAUUUCGCAUGGCAGGAGAGGGCUGGCUGGUCUGUUGUGGGCAGUAUAACGACAUCCUCAUUAUUGAUGCGAUAACCCUGGUUGUGCUUCACACAUUAACCUCUUCUUCCUCUUCAGACUGGAUCAGCUGUAUGUGUUUAGUGCAUUCUCUGAGGAUUCAAGAGGAUUCUUUACUAGCCGUAUCUGCAGCAGGAGACCUUAAAGCCUGGGAUUUGUCAUCUUCGAUCAGCAAGAUACAGGAAAAGCAGAACGUUUCUGAGAGAGAAUGCCAGCCUCUGGGCUGCACACUCUGCAAUGCAAUCCGAUUUUGCACUUAUACAGAGAGGCUUCUCUUAGUUGUAUUCUCCACCUGCUGGAAGGUGUAUGAUUACUGUGACUUUUGCUUGCUGUGGACUGAGUUUAGCCCAAGCAGCCAGACCUUGGCAGGAGGGGAAAUCCUUGCUGCUCAUAGGUUGAUCAUUUGGACAGAAGAUGGGCAUGGCUACAUCUAUCAACUGGUGAACAGUGGCCUUUCACGGAGCAUCCAGCCAUCCAAAGGAAGGGUGCUGAAAGAAACAGUUCAUCCUGUUUUACUCUCUUCUACUGAGGUACAAGGCAACAAAAGUUUUUCUUACAUCAUGGGCUUCAUGAACGAAAGGAAGGAACCCUUUUACAAGAUUCUUUAUUCUGGACAAGCUUCUGGGAGGAUUACUUUAUGGCAUGUUCCUGAUGUGCCUGUUUCAACUCUAGAUGGCUCUCCAAAAGUGAUCCCAGUAGCAGCAUCCAGGACUCUGCAGGAUAACUUUAACAUCUACUGUCCGAUAGCUGAAGGUAUCCCUGAUCACCCCUGGGGAGUUCCCAUUACAGUUUCUACAUACAUUCCCAGCCUCCAGAAGUUGGUCUGUGGAUAUAAAGAUGGCAGAAUUAUCACAGUACCAGCUUUGCAUGCUGCGAAGGCCAGACUGUUGGGAGAGGGUUCUGUGCAGAAAGACGACGCUGCGCCCUGUGUGCUGAGCAGCGGCAGCAGCGUGACGGCCCUGCUGGUGCUGCCCGGCCGGCCAGCGCCCUGCUGGCUGCUCUCCGGGAGCCGGGAUUCCUGUGUCAUCUGGUGGGACAUCUUCACUGGGGAGGCGCUGCACCGCUUCGCGCUGGAUGCGGGGCCCGUUGACCGCCUGCUCCUCUCGCCGGACAGCUGCAGGCGGAAAGGUCACCGCCUCGUAUGCUGCGUGUGUAGCGACCACUCCGUUGUUCUUUUGCACGUCCAAGAGCGUGCCUGCCUUAUGCGUGCCAGGAAACACCUUUUUCCCGUGACAGCAUUACGAUGGCACCCCAUGGAGAAUCUGCUGGUUGUGGGGUGUGAAAAUGAUUCGGUCUACGUUUGGGACAUUGAAACAGGAAGUCUAGAGCGCCACGAAAGUGGGGAGACGGCCAAAGCGAUCCUUGCUUCCUGUGAAGAUUCUGGUCUUAUGGCCGAUCCUCUUUAUGCAGCCUGGGAAGAAGAUGGCCAGCGAGAGAAAGAUCUGGGUGGCUCAUUGUCCAGCUCCUCUGCCUUUGGCAGUUUUUCCUGCAACAGGCUCGCUCAUCAAAGAAGGUCUUUUUGUCGUCAGUUAACUACUCUCUGCUGGGCUCAGGGGCCUUUUGCUGUUUGGCCAUUGAGGGCAACAUGGGAGAGCAUCAGUGUCAACAUGCUCCUUUUUGAUUUGGAAGGGCUAGUGGAAUUGCUCUGCUCCUCUCAGGCCAAUGGACUGAAGUCCUCCAAUUCCUUCAGUACUAUCGACACUUUAAAGAGAGCCAGAAAUGCAACAGAGAAAAGGACAUUAAUGUUACAGAGAAACAGAACUUCCGGAUCCCUCUUUCCAGUGGAUGGGCAGGUCAGAGCGGCUAGCGAAGAACAAGACUUUGGGGAGGUGCAUACAAGUGGAACCCUGGAACAAAGUGAUGGCAUCAAAAGACGCAAAAAAGCAAAGAGUUCCAAGAAGAUUAAAAGGCAGUCCUCUAGAAAACCCAGCCCAACUGUUGCCACCGAGGCAGCCAAACUCCUUUUGUCCUGUUUUUUCCCCUGGGGUGUGAACAGAGAGUUGGAUGGUCUUUGUGUUCAGUAUUUAGGUAUCUUGAGACUUUUCUCUCCUGUCUCCUUUGGACUGCUUUCAAAAAACAAUUAUCUUACUCUGAUGUUACCAGGAUGGAACAGUGCUAAUCCUGAGAGGAUGGAAAAGCAGCAGGAGGCAGUCAAUCUAUUUUCUAGCAAAGUGCUGCAUUUACACAGUAAAUACUAUAGUGUAACCCAAGAGCAAGCAGGCAAGAAGAAUGGAUGGAGAAAUACUGUUACUUCUACAGAACAAAGGCUAGUUUUGGCUUAUUUGUUGAGCAGGAUGUCUUUAGUUCAAAGGAUAAUUAACAGGCCUUCUGAAAAGUCCAGCCUCAUGAAGCGCAACAAAUGGAGACCUGCAGCAUCUCUGGUCUUGGAUGAUCUUAACCUAGAGUCUUCUCCACACAUAUUGAGGUUUCCUGUUUGUGAGGCAGAUAAUCGUUCAUUUGUCAAGCUAAUUUCUUGCUGGAGAGACCAAUCCAUAGAGGUGAUGGAGGCCACUCAGGCAACUUUGCUGGCUGAAGUGGAACAGAGCAUGCAGCAGAAGACCUUGGCUGGAGGCUGUGGGCAAACCAAUUCUACCAGAUGGGGGUCAGCGGGGGCCAAGAACCCCCCUUCACUGGGUACAGCUUUUGGUACCAUGGGCAUGAUCAACUGUGAGAGCUGCAUAACCACACCAAAUGUUGAAGAUGGGGAAGGUUCUGCAGAGGAACUGGGGGUUCCAGGUGUAAACAAGCCACUUCCUUGGAUAUCCAAACUGUGUUCCUGCAAGGUGUGUUAGAAGAGUGGUUGAAUUUCCCCAUGAGAAGAAUUGUUGCAGACAUAGAAGUGUCUCCAUUAUGUUUGGCUGAUGCUGGCUUGGGUAGCCCUCCAGUUUUCUUCUCAGCUUACUCCUACAUCUCUUCCUUCAAAUAUACUCUGACUGCCAUUGCAAGAACUCUGGAACACCAAGAUUAGAUUGACACACACUCCCCAACCCUGCUGACCUAUUGCAGAUUACUGAAGACCUGGGCUUGCUUCAGGCCUUGAGGCAGGAGGUUUGUGUCAAUUGUCAGGUUUAUCCUCAUCAAUCACUGUAGGUUUUUAUCUUUUGAUGUUGUUUUUUUAAGAGUUAAGACAACUUACAGAACAUGCCAAAAUCCAUUUAAGAAUGAGACUGCAAGCCCUGGAAAGUAAGAAGUCACGGUAGGUCUUGCACUGUCCUUGGGGUGCUUCAUUCUCAGUUGUCUAUUUUCACUGCUAGAUCCCAUCCUGGGCCUGUUUCAAAAGCUUCUCUCUAACUUCUCAAGUACUUGGAAUUUGCUUCACAAAUUCUGUAAGUUUGAGAUGGGGAAAAUAUCUUAUUAACAACCACGUAAGCUUAAAAUUUUAAUUUGUAGUAGUUUACCAUUUGAUGGUCUUUAAAACAUUGCAAGUGAUUAAAAGCAGCAUAAAAAUAAAUACAGUCAGUAAAGGGCCUCAUGCAUUCUUAGUGGCUGCUGGUUAAUCCAAGGUCUAGGUAGUGGACAUGAAUGCUCAGGCACUGAACACCUCCUUGGCAAGGAAAGGCAACUUCCCUUUAGGGUAAAUUGUAAUUCAUUAUUCUGUAAUUAAAUUAAACAUCUGUGACUAACAGUAUCCCAAUUUGUCUGCAGGGCAUUAGAGCUCCAUGGCCCUGUUUGUCUUCUGUAAGUAAGGCAGGCAUUGGUGGUGAAACUGGCCAAGCAUGCAGCAAAAUAUUUCCUCUUUCUAUUUCUGGUCUGUCACAAGAGGAGAAGAUAAAGAAAUAAUAGAUUCAUGGAGGUUUAACACAUUUUAUCUUGUUCUGAUUGCAUGUCUGUUUGUUUAUACAAUGUAUAGGCCUCCCAUCUUACCUCAAGGUAACUCUACUUAGAAUCAUACAUCAUGUUCCCGAAGGAUAUGAGAGAAAGACUGGGAGACAGGAGCCUGCUUGUUAACGGAAGUACGAGGGCUGAUAUAUUGCAAGAGAGAUUUGGUGACAUCCCUCUAGAACUCUGUUUGGUGGCUUUCAUCAGGAUAAUGUUGCUAGUGAAGGGAGUGGGGAGAACCAAGGUCCAUUUAUCCUUUCUGGAGAACCAGAUGGCUUCACUCCCAUAAGUGGAUACAUGGAUGCCCGUUUGGCAGCUUCAGGGAGGAAUAUUUUUUUUUUGCAAAGCAACUUACUCCAUGGGGCAACUAGCUUAGCUGCCUCUCAGUUCACUGUGGAUGUUUCCUAAGGUGUACCCAUUUGGCUUCCUGUAUUUUUUAUUUCAUUUUCAGUUGUUACUCUGUUCCUGGGAGCUUUGCAGCACUCUGGAAGGAUCUGACCGUACUUAGCACACUGUUGCAAACAACAAUCCUACCUGCUCCAGUCUGAGAGAAGCUCCCAGCCGCAAAUGUCUUUCCAUCUGAAGUUCUUGUGGAAGCCAACCUGUCUGUCCUCAGAAGGAAGGCUAUGUUGCCUGGCUAGAGAAGCUCCGUUCCCCUCAGGCAGGCAGGCAGGCAGGCAGGCAAGGCAGGCAGGCAAAAGAUGAGGUAGGCAGGCAAGAAGCCCUUCUACUACCCCCUCGUGGGGGCAUGUUUAGAUAAAAUGGAUCACAGCUCUGUCCUAUGACAGGGCUUUCUCUGGCAUUCGAGGUUGUUCAGAGCUGGCAGUGAGUUGAUAGGAUGAUUGUCAAGUUAUUAUUGACAUAUGUUCAGGUAAAUAUAAAAGAUCACCUAUAAAAUAAAAAUGACUUUUGGGAUGAAAGAAAAUAUUAGGAAAGAUGAUGUGGAUCGACAAUCCCUCUGACAAUUUUUGCUCUGUGAAACUGACUAGUCCAUCUUGGUCACCAAAUCCCUACAUGGGUAGAAAAUGAUAUGAAAAGUGAGAGCAGGCAAAUAGGAACCAGAGGUGAUAGGGAAUAGAAUAGAAAAUAGAAUAGAAAAUAGAAUAGAAUAGAAUAGAAUAGAAUAGAAUAGAAUAGAAUAGAAUAGAAUAGAAUAGAAUAGAAUAGAAUAGAAUAGAAUAGAAUAGAAUAGAAUAACAGAGUUGGAAGGGACCUUGGAGGUCUUCUAGUUCAACCCAACCUUAGGCAGGAAACCCUACACCACUUCAGACAAAUGGUUAUCCAGCAUCUUAAAAAUUUCCAGUGUUGAAGCAUUAUGGCCAAUUGUUUUCUGGGAUUGAACCCAGCAGAGGAUAAUGUCCUGAUUAUAACUGAAUACUUGUAUUGCCAAAUUAGCCAUUCAAACCUGUGUACUUCUCAAAUGUCAAUGGUUUGAAUGUAGUGACCCUGAUGGCUUCCGCACAACAGUUUUCCUGUAUAUUCACUCUUAAAAAGAUAUACAUGUUUGUAAAGAGUCCCCAUGGAAAUGGUUUUAGGUGGGCCAUUAUCUUGAUAGUUUGCAAUUGGCCUCAAUAAGAUGCUAGUUUGGAUGACUCAGGUCAGGCCUCUGUGUUGGCUGGCUUGUGUUCAGUGACCCUGUUCCAAAAGUACAUUGUUAGAAAACCCAUUAUGAACACUGCACACACUCGGGAGAAGUGGCAGUUUUGCAGAUUGAUGGUGUGAUGUUGCCACUUUAGAGAAAAGGAUCCAUGAAUUAUUGAAAUAUGAGUUAAUGUUGCUUGAUUCUCCAAUGAGACUGGUGCUAUUUAAUGGCAUUUUUAAGGUCCUUCUGAGGGAAAGAGAAAACAAUAAGAGUCUUACUUCACCUUGGGCAGAUGCAAGUUUUCAAAUGUUUGAUAAGCAAGAACUGUAUUUGUUUUUACUAAAUGUAUUUGUAAUGGAGUGUAGCAGGGGAAGAGCUUGUAAAAACAUAGUAUAAACACAAAAGUUGUUUAAUGUUUUUUAAAAAGCCUAACUACUAACUGCUGCAAGAGGCAAAGCCCUUGGCAGGUUUAAAUAAAGCCUGCAGGCCAAUUUA